GACUCCAAAAUGAACCUGCAUGAUUUCAUCAGCAUGGACCCUGAAGUAGGAUGGGGAGCUGUCUAUACACUGUCUGAGUUUGUACAGCGGUUCAGCAGUAAAAACUGCUCAGCCUGAUGCUAGAAUGUGGAACUGAAGAGGUCCCAGGAUCUGAAUAAGCCAUCCUUCCAUUUAAGGGAGCACCAUGGUGCAGGUGCUUUGGAGGUCUGUUUUUCCCAUUAAACUUGAGCGGAAACAUUAAUGAACACAAAUAUGUUCCCCCUUUUUUUAGCUUGAAAUCUAUCAGCAAGUUCUGUCUCCAACCCUAAGUCAAUCAUUCUCCAGCCUCAGACACAAACAAGUCAAAUAAAAGCUUCCCUAUUGAUAUGCCACAGGCGGUAUAUAACUGCUAAGAUAUUCCCAUGGCUUAUUUGUGUAGACGUUUGAUGACCUAGGCCAGCAAUUGCUUCCGUUAAACUUGGAGCCAGCUCCUCUCCUGUUCUCUCUGCUUCCUGUCCUCUCCACUCUAAACUCUGUGAGCACAGGGUUGUGGCCUGUGGCUCCAGAAGCUCUGUCACCCAUUAGAGGUACCUGUAAAACGUUCCCGAGGCAGCGCUGCUGCUCGGAAAGGACAAUAUUGUGAGCUGAAUCAGCUGUAAGUAUUAGUCUUUUUGGACUAUGAUGUUGACUGAGUGUUUAUUUGGCCCAUGUAUGUGCAUAGUUUUAAAUAAAACUGACUGAAAAUUA